UGCUUCGACAACCUUUGUGAAAUAUCCUAUCAUCCUUCAGUGAAGCUCGUCUGCGAAAACGAGUCCUCCCGACCACUUCUCAGAUAGGAAACGGCGACCCGUCCAUUACCAACCGCGUUUAGUUGGUAGUCAAUUUUGGAGCCGCAAACGAUAAGCCACCGGCCCGCCCAGAGCUUCCUUCCCACAACACCACCUAUUCAACCUUGCUUGAACACCCCCAGAACCCCGCGCACAGCUUCGCAACACCGACCUACAGCUUCACUCCGCAACCAUGGCUGGCAACACAUUUGCGCAGUUCCUGGUCAUCGGACCGACAUGUUUCUUCCUCGGCAUCCUCUUCGCGUCUCUCCCCUACGACUACAACGCGCUCUGGGCGGUCCCCGACGACCGCGAAGCGUACUUUAAGAUCCUUGAAGACCAUAUUAAGUUCCUCUACGCGUCGCCGCCUAUCAUCAGCCGCAUCCUCAACAUGGUCAUCGGCACGGGAAUCCUGGGCUUCCUGCUCAAACUUUUCAAAGCGAGUGAAAGCAAUAUGCUGUUUGAUGGCGCCAGUCUGGUGCUGUAUAUGGCCGGCAUUACGGUGUAUUUGACGAAUAUUGUUAAGGGGUUUCGCGUUGUGACGGCGGGAAUCUAUGGGAACGUUACGCCCGAGAUGAAGGACGCUGUCGCGGAUGAUGGGGAGGGUGACUAUAUUAGUCGCGAGGAUACGCUGCGAGUCUUUGCCGCGAGCAACACUAUCCUUGCAUUGGUGCUGGUCGGUGUGUUGGUUCUGCAGGCGGGGCAGUGGUAUGCGAAGAGGGCGGAGGAGAAUGAGAUCAAGGAGAUUGAGAGGAAGGAGGAGGAGAGGAAGACGAUGGGGAAGAAGAAGAACUGAGGAUGCUGCAAGGUGUUGGAGAGUUGAUCGUUUGCGCAUGCGGCGGGUGCGAUGCGUAAUACUAUAUGGUGACGAAAAGGUAGUCUCAUUGUUCAAUUGCAUUUUGCAAAGUCUCAA